UUGGGGGCUGCUCCAGGCAGGAGUACCCCAGAAUCGGCAUCACAAUGGCAGUCAGGAAUGUAAGUACAAAGGUUCCAGUGGGCACAGGGUUUUGGAACAAUGCCAAACCUGCUCAAUACAGCAAAGAAACCCAGGAGCUGAUUCGAGUGAUGAUGGAAGAAUCCAAACUUACAAACUUUCAAAAGCGUCAGAUAAAAGAGCGGCUUCAAGGCGGCGAUGCACUACCAGUUCAGUGCCACCCCAGUUCCACUGAUUCUGGUAGUAAACGUGCAGCAGCUGCAAUCUCCCAGAGACCAAAAGCUACCCUUCAGCCUUGCAGACCAAGAUUGCGUCCUGCUGAGAAGUGCCGUGCUGGAGAUGCUUAUUGUAGAGACAAGUUCCAGCCUCGGCCCACAAGAGAUCUGAAUAAGGAAAAGUGCAGGUUACAAAAUAUCAUGGCAACAGGGAAGGACCUUCCUGCACCAACACGUGUUAUUCCACAAAAAGAAAACUGGGAGGAAGAAGGGGAGAAGGACAGAUUUGAUGAAUUGGUGGCAGAAGUCCAGGAGAGAUGGGACUUCCUUGAAGAAAUGGAAGCCUUAGGUAAAGGGAAAGAUUACCGAAAUAUAAUCAACACGGAAAUCUCACAGAAGUUGCGUGAGAUGGAAAUCAUUGAUAAACAGAGGAGCACGGAACUGAAGGAGCUACUGCAAAAGUCAGAGAACAAGCAAUUGUCCUAACAUGUCCUAGCAGUGUAUCGAGCCUACUUGGUGACCACAGAUAAAACAUUCACUGCCCAUAUUUUGAAUGUCUGACUCUUUGUCCCCACCUACUUGUGCCUGUGGGUUUGCCCUUUUCUCUUAUUGCUUCAGUUAAUAAAUUAUAUAUUGCUUUUUACUGGGCAGAUAAGAUGGUUGGAUUUUUACAGAAGUUACACUGAUUGCAAUGUGUGUUCUGCACAAUCCAAUACAGUAAAUCCAAAAUUUUGAACAGGUGAGCCAUUUUCUUUGUUUCUUGACUUCUAUAAUUGGGAGGGUGCAAAUAGUGGAAAUGAAAAAUAAAAAAAAAAAAGUAAUUCUGGUUAAAA